GUUUAAACAAAUCUCCAUCAAUGAGUGAUGACUUUUGGAGGAGUCCAGGAGAUGCCCCCAGUCGACAUGUCCGCUAUCGACCAAAGCGGCCCAAAUCUGCACCCUUGGCAGAGUUUGGAGAUGAGAUGAGCGUGUCUUUAGCGUCUGUAAAUUUGAUCAAUACCAGUGGCACUCUGGACGACUCCUUCAUGUCUAAUGACACCCAGGGAAGCCCCCAGUCCCCAUCUGCCAGCAAAGAGUUCCUACUGGAGGGUAUUCCAGAGUCCCCCACCACCCCUGUCCUGAAAAAAGAAUAUCUUCUGGCAGAGUGCCAGGGAUUUGAUGGCUCAUGGUACCUAGAUGCUGCCCUGGCAGAGAUCUUAGAUACAUCAGUGGAGAGGAUGAUUGCCAGGUGCCCCUGUCCUAGUCAGAGUGUAUGGGCUACAGUCCUGGCUGUGGUUUGGCUGCAAAGGAAUGCAGGACAACAUUCAGAGUGGACUUUUAUUAAGAAGAAGGCCUUGGAUUGGCUGAACUCCCAGUGUAUCCGUAGUGAUAGCUUGCUAGAUUUAGCAGGAACAGCAGCAGAUGUUUUAAGAAUACAAAGACGUGAUGAAGUAUUAGGUGAUAUACUUAGAAACUAUAAUCAAAAAGAUGAUACUGAAAAUGUUUUAUCUGCAGUGAAUCUUGGGAAUGGUAUUGGAGAGGGCAGAAGAGAACCUGUAGAUGGCAGCACUAUUAGAGCUAAGUCACUGGAUAGGGAAGUUGAAUUCAGGGAAAAUUCAAGAUGGAGUGAUACAAGUAAUGCUAGAAACUUUGUUGAAAUAUCAAGAGAAAAAACUAAUGAUUCUGUGAAAGGAGAGAUAAGCCCUACUUUGAACGUCUCAAAUAAAAUAAAUAUGCCACUUAGGAGCUCUACACCAGACACCAAUAUUGGUAGAAAUGGUUUUGAACACCCUGGCCAGACUUAUGUAUCAGGUCAGACGGUGGUGCCAUCUAUUGUGCAGACAAAUGGAUUGGAUGCUCUUAAGCAUAUACACCCCUUGGCAACACAUACUGGUGGAUCUGAUCAUGGAUUACAUGCGAUUAUGGAAUGGAUGAAGACUGUCAGUGAGAGGGAGCAUCAUCAAGUGCCAAAUGAUAAUAUCAGAGAUGAUGAAAUAGACAGUCUCAUCUCACUGGUCAGUGAUGAUAGAAUACUUACGGCUGAAAAUGAUGAUGAAAGUUUUGACGCAGCGGCUAGCAAUAAAUGGAAGAAUGCAAGGUACCUUAGCAGUGCUGGGGAUACGCUAUUAAACACCUACACAAAAACAAACCACAUGGCCUCUAGAACUCACCACUCACAAAAUGGACAUGACACUAUUGACCAGGGUUAUGGAAAAGAAAGUUCUCUGUCUUAUCCCUCCUCCAAUGUUUCAUAUAGUGCUAUUAAAGUUGGAGAGUCAUAUGUAUUUGAAACUUCUGUGUAAAAAGAAGAAAAAGGGAAGGUUGUAAUUUUAGUAAGAUAUGUUAUGCAGUUGUAUUUUUAAUACCAGUUUCAAGUUAUAUACUAUUCUAAUUGAUGGGGGAAAGAGUGCCCACUGUCAAAAAUUUUUAUUGUACUUAUGUUGAAAUUCUAGUCUCUUAAGUUGGAUUCAAAUCUUAGACUAAUUGUUUAUCCAGUCAGUAAAUAAGAAUGUGCAUUAUGUACUGUUUACAGCGAGACCAACAAUGACAGUUGUAUAUGCAUGACUAGUGGGCCAUUUUACAUUUCUUUCCUACUUUCUGAACUGCUGUUAUGUUAAAAUGUGACAAGAAGGUUCAGGAUAACAGGGUUUUAUCUGAAUAAAUGUUUCAGAAGAUAUAGUUAUUUUCUAUAUUUUUACUUCACUUAUUAUAAAAAAUAAAUGCAGUCAGUAAUAUUACCACAGACAUUUCACCUUAGUCUAGUGACAGACGCUAUUUAUUUUUUAAUUGUCAAUCAAAACACCAUGCAAAGGUAAGGUGUGUACUUUAUGUUUCUAAUAUGUGGUUAAGUUUACUGUUUAUUCAUUUGAUUAAGUAUACUACAGCAUAGUAUAUAAAAUCGGCCUUGAAAAGGACAUGUUUACUCAACAGAAUGACAAUGAGACUUUGUACCGGCAGCAUUGUUUUUACAUUAUAUACAUAUCUGUAAGCAUGAGAUAUCACAUAUUUACAUGCGUUUCACUGUCAUGUAUUGAUAUUUAUUGUCCAUAUUGUUACCCUUUUAGCUGUCAUUCAAUAUUGUGAUAAUAUGUAAUAAUUAAAAUUGGAGUUAUUUUAGAUAAACAUAUUAUGCUGAGAUUAUAUGUAAAGAAAAUCUGAAUCUGUUGUCAUUAGUGCCUGGUACGCUGACAAAGGAAAUAAGAUAUUUAACGUACACAAUGAUAUCAGUACUCUAUAAUAUAUCCUGAGAUUAUAGGGCAGUCCAUAACAAUGUGAUAGUAACUGUAUCUUAAUUUUAAAGAUUAGAGUAUGUAUACAUAUCUGUGCAACAGAAUGGAGAAAGUUAAAAAAAUAUAUUUCAAAUGAUUCAUAUUUCAUUGUGUGUGUAUUGUUUCAAAUAUGCAGUCAUGUGUAAGGGAGUAUUUACAUGUUGUAUACCUGGAAAUGAAAUCUUCAUUUAGUACGUUAAAUAUGUAUAUAUUUCAACUGUAUUAAGUUUUGUGUUUGGUGCCAAAUGAUAUGUUUUUGUGACAAUAUGGCUAAUUUGCAAAACAUAUAUAUAUUGCUUGAACGAGUAAUAGUAAGUAAGACGAGUAUGCUUGUGAGUUGCAGUCAUUUUGUUUGUUUCAGUAUUUUGGUAUAAUUAUUAUUGAAACAGUUAGAUUAUCCAUUAUUAAUUAUUUCACAACAAUUGGCCAGAUGGAAGUUAAGUUUCUAAAGAGGUAUGAAAGAAGGCAUGAGUAUACCUCCCACCGUAUUUAAUUAUAUUUGUGGUUCAUUUUAGCCGUGGGAAGGCUUGUAUUAAAACUACUUAAAUUGAGAAUGGCAAUCUGUUUAUCAUGUGCAAUUUUCUCAAAAUCCUAGAUCUCCCCAUUAUUCAUUAUACAUUCAUUCAUAGAAAUUAUAUAGUUAUCAAUAUAGUUCAGAUCAGAAUGCGUACAGACACUGUGCACAUCAUAUAAAGGACAUCCGUUUUUGUAAAUUCUUAAUACAAUAAACCAUAUUGGUAACACUGUG